CCUUGCCAUCCUUCCCUCAUUUGAAAGAACGAAAACAUCAAAACAAACCCGUCCUUUCUCGAAUAUCACGAACAGAAUGAAGUUCCUCACUGGUUUGUCGCUCAAGUCCCUCACCACCCUUCUUGCCGCCGUGUCUGUUGGCCUUGCCGCCGGCGAUGAAGCUGCCAUUGCGCCAGCUGAUUCCGCCGUUGUGAAGCUUACCGCCGAUAAGUUUGCGUCGUUUAUCUCUGAGAACCCGUUGGUUCUUGCUGAGUUCUUUGCGCCAUGGUGUGGUCACUGUAAGGCGCUCGGUCCAAACUUUGCCCAGGCCGCUGACGAGUUGGAGCCAAAGAACAUCAAGUUGGCGCAGGUUGACUGUACCGAGAACCAGGAUCUGUGUCAAGAGCACGGCAUCAGAGGUUACCCAACGUUGAAGGUGUUCAGGGGCAGCGCCUCGGACCCUGCUGACUACGAGGGCCCAAGAAGCGCCGCCGGUAUCGUCAACUACAUGAUCAAGCAGUCGUUGCCAGCUGUCAGCGUCAUUGACGCUGUUGCCGAUUUCGACAAGUUCUUGGAGGAGACCUCGGGCGCCAUUGUCGUUGAGACUGGUGUCAAGGACAACGCCACCUUUUCAGAAUACGCCAAUGCACACAGAGAUGAUUACUCGUUUGUUCAAACCACGAACGCCGAGCUCGUCAAGCAAUACGGCGAGGAUAAGAUCCUCGUGUUCAUUGAAGGCUCGGAUGAACCAGUGGUGUUUGACGAGGAGUUGACCUUGGAGAACUUGGAUGCCUUUGUUGCCCGUGAAUCAUUCCCAUACUUUGGUGAAAUUGAUGGAUCCACCUAUCAAAAGUACUCCCAACAGUCAACGCCAUUGGCUUACUUCUUCUACAACACAGCCGAGGAGCGUGCUCAAUGGGCACCAGCUUUGACUGAGAUUGCCAAGAAGCACAGAGGUGAUAUCAACUUUGUCGGUAUUGACGCUUCCUCAUUUGGCCGUCACGCGGAAAACUUGAACAUGAAGCAAGAGUUCCCAUUGUUUGUCAUCCACGAGACCGCUUCAAACAAGAAGUUUGGUGUCCCACAGGACAUUGAGUUGACCGAGAAGGCCAUUGAAGAAUUUGUUGAAAAAUACGCUGCCGGUGAAGCGGAGGCCAUUGUCAAGUCCGAGGAGGUUCCAGAGGUUCAAGAGCAGGCUGUCUUCAAGAUUGUCGGUAAGAACCACGAUGAAGUUGUUAACGAUGAGACAAAGGAUGUGUUGGUCAAGUACUAUGCUCCAUGGUGUGGUCACUGUAAGAGAUUGGCUCCAAUCUACGAGGAGCUUGCUGAGUUGUAUGCAAGCGAUGCCGAGGGUGCUGAAAAGGUUUUGAUUGCUAACUUGGAUGGAACUUUGAACGACGUUGACGUUGAAAUCACAGGUUAUCCAACUUUAGUUCUCUACCCAGCUGGUGAUAAGAGCAACCCAAUCGUCCACAAGGGAGGCCGUGACCUUCCAUCGUUGAUCGAGUUCAUCAAGGAGAAGGGUUCAUUUGGUGUUGACGCCAGUGAAUUUGCCCCACCAGAGAAGAAAGAAGAGGAGAAGGAGGAGAAGAAGAAGGAGGAGAGAGACGAGCUUUAAACGGCAACAACUAAACAAACAAACAAACAAACAAACAAACGUGGGCUUGGUAUAUACAGAGGUUGG